UCUUCACAGCACGGGAAGUGCGGCGAUCCAAGGGGGUGCCGCAACGCGCCAUCUGUGCCAUCGCCAUGGCAGACUUGUCUCGAUGCUAUUUACAUAACCUUGGCGACUCCGAACGUGCUAAGCUGGCGGACCUCCGGAGCCGUUUGCCAAAGUUGGUGGCACAGGCUCGGGAGGCGUCAGAAGAUGCCAAGGCAGCAGAGAAACUCACCAUUUGGGGAGUUGAUUUGGAGAAGGAGAAUGAAGCUUCAGACAUUGUUCUUUUGAAAUUCAUUCGGGCAGAGGAGUUGGAUGUAGAUAAAGCUGCUGAUCGAAUUGUACAGACCUUGAUUUUUCGAGCGGACUGUCAGAUCGAUGGAUUGAAAGAUGCAGAGCUCCCGAAGUGCUACCAGGGUCAUGACGUGAUCAGUGGCUAUGAUGUGGACGGAAGACCAGUGAUGAUCAGCCGCUUUGGAAAGAUGGAUCUGGAAGCUGUCUUUGGCGAUGUGGAGGCCUUUGUGAGAUAUCGAGCCAAGCUCAUGGAAGAGGCCAUCGCCAAGCUGUCGUUCAAGAAAGGAGAGCCAGAGGAGUUGACACAAGUCCAUGACUACUCUGGGGUGCCAUUGAUUUUCCAGACUUCACAGGUGAAGGGUGCUGUGUCUGCAGUCACGAAGGUCUUUGGAGAGCACUAUCCAGAGACCAAGGGAGUGACGAUUUUCGUGAACUUCCCAACCGCAUUUGCCAAGCUCUUCAAAGCGUUUUCGGUCUUUAUCCCUGAGCGGACGCUGAAGAAGUUUCAGAUCUUGGGUGAAAAUGAUCAGGAGACGCUUUUCAAGUUCCUGCCACCAGAGACAGUCCCUGAGGCCCUGGGUGGUAUGCUGGGAACUCCAGCAGGCCCAAUGUCAGGGCCCUGCAAGACACUCUCAGUGAGGGCUCGCGGCAAUGAAGAGAUGCCAUUGAUCAAAGUCGCGGCAGCUUGUACCAUUCAAUGGGAAGUGCGUGUUUGCUACUGGGAGAUCUCAUAUGAGCUUUACUUCUAUGCAGAUGGAGCCUCUGAACCUGAGCUGGUGAAAAAAUCCGACGCCAUGGUUCAAGCGACUGAUGGAAUUGUAAGUGGAGAGUAUGUGGCAAAAGGGCCAGGAGAGUUGAAAUGCAACUUCAUCAACAAUGGAGCAUGGUUCAAAUCGCGUUUUUGCCUUGGACGCGCUGAACAGAAGUCGUAGCUGUCGUAGCUCGGCUUCUUGGAAGCGUGGUUCGGCGCUGAGCCCAAUGCAGAUCCUGAGACGUUUUGCUUUUGCCCCAUGUAGCUGUAAAGCAGUUCAUGGACCUCCACCUUUUUGCAACUCCCAUGCUCAAAUGCAAUGGAGCCAGUCCAACUCCUAAACUCAUUUUCUGACAAUACUCUCGUUUCAUAUCACAUUUCUAUAGUCAGCUGUACUUUGCAGUACCUUCAACUUUAAAGCUAAUGUGGAAAUCUAAGAUUAGCCAAAUAGCCAAAUACAAAGACAUGACACGUUACUCAUUGCUUCUAUGUUUGUGCAAUUUGUGCGCGGUUUCCAGAAAUGGAAUCCACGGCAGCCCAGCAAGUGUAGGACACCUCAAGACCACAGAUGUCUUGAAGUUGGUGAUUAGACAAGUCUCUGUAGCACCACAAACUCCAAAGGAACAGCGGAGAAAACAUCAAAA